AUGGCCCUGUCAGCAUCGCACGCGCUGACGUCACGGGACAGCUUCUUCCGGCCGCGCUACCUCAAUGAGGCACCGGUGCUGAGCGAGGCGGAGGACCUGCCACACCUGAGGGAGGUGGAGCUGUGCGUGAACGCGGACCUGGUGCACGUGGAGAACAAGUACGGCGCCUUCCUCUCCCAGCCGCACCUCGCCUUCCGCCCGCAGCUCUUCUCCUCGCCCCUUUCCGACCGCUCGGCCGCGGGGCCUGGGCGGCCGGGCGCAGGGCGCGAUGGGGAGGACGAUGAUGCGGACGUGGAGCCGUACCUGGAGAACAGGGACCCCGACGACGAGCACUAUGGGGGCCCACCCAUCAUGGCGUACGAGCCUCUGUUCAGCUGGGAGACGGACAGAGCUGCUGUGAUCGGCCAGCGCAUGCCCAUCAAGCCCAUUGUCAGCAGCACAGUAGGCACACGCUUCUCUGUGCGAAUACUAUCAUUCAACGUACCAGCGGGCCUUGUGGAGCCCUUUUAUGGCACCAUCUGUUUGUAUCACACGGAGAAGAAGGAGAAGGUUUCAGAGGACUUCCAUUUCCAGUACCUGCCUCUCUCCUGGGACGGGGAGAGCACGUCCCCCGAGCUGAGGGCGAUAUUCACGGUGGAGAGGGAGGCAGCAGCGCUGUGCCUGCUGGUGCAGGUGGAGCGAGCCGUCACAGAGGAGAGCAUUAAUGGUGUCAAGGGAUCCGUGUACACGCGCAAGGACCCUCCCGUUUUGACAGAGAGGGAGGCAUCGCGACUCUCAGAAUGGGCACAGAGCAUGCCAUUCCGCGAGGCCUUUGCGUUCGCCACCAUCCCUCUCUUCGACUCAGCAGGCACUGCUGGCUUCGGGAGCAGCAGCACAGGGGGCGGCACACCGGGGGUGCUGGGCGGGGCAGCAGGGGGAGGGGCAGGGGAGGGCGCAGGGGGGCCUGGGACGCCGGGGUCUAGCAGUGGGGCACUGGGGGAAGGGGGGGGGGUCUGCGCCGCGGACCCCAAGCGCAAGGUGCACAAGCCAGUGCGCAUGUCCAUGCAGGUGGAGGUGGAGCGGCUGCCAGGCAGCACUGCUCUCUCCCACUCCGCCCAAGGGGGCCCUGCAGGGACCAGCACCCCGUACAGCCAGGCAAUGGGUCACACGCGGUCAAUGGAGUCAAUGGGGUCAGAAGCGGACGAAGUGGGCGGGCUCAGCCGCACCUUCUCCAUCUCCCGCCUGCUCAACGGGUUCCACGCGUUGGACUUCACGGACAUGACACGUGCAGAGCCGUUCACCCAUCUGGAGCACCUGGCGUUUGUGUACCCGCACAGCGUGACUCUCCCCAAGAAGCUCAACCUCUUCAUGCGCCUCGAGCUGCGCGAUGACGACACCGACCUCCAGUCCUCCCGCCCACAGCUCGAGGCCAUCUUCCCUUGGGAGCGGGAGCAUGCGAUGCAGCGAGUGGCGUCGUCACAGGUGGCCAUGGGCAUGCGCCCGUCGCUCUUCCACGACGAGUUUAAGAUCCAGCUGCCCGCCGUGCUGCGCCCCUCCCACCACCUCCUCUUCUCCUUCUUCCACAUCGACCUUGCCGUCAAGGCCGACCGCCCCAAACCGGUCGUGGUUGGCUACUCUGUCAUGCCUCUGUCAGCUGUCACACAGUCAUUCAAGGGCGAGAUGAACCUACCCAUGUCCAAGGAACUUCUACCCAAGUACCUGCACGAGAGCACGAAAGCCAAGCUGACCUACUGGGAGGAGGGCAAGCCCGUGUUCCGCCUGCGCACGCGCCUCUUCUCCUCGCUGCUCCCCCUCUCCGACCGCCUCCGCGACUUCUUCCGCCAGUACGACCGCCACGUGCUGGAGGCCCCUCUGCCGCGGGAGGAUCUGCUGGAGUCAAUCAAUGGGCUGAAGGGGGUGGAUACGGUGGUGCUGCUGCAGUUCCUGUACCCGCUGCUGAACAUGCUGCUCUGCAUGAUUGGAAACGGGGUUGAGACGCUGCAGGUGGCGGCAUUUCGAGCCACUGUUAACAUUGUAUCGAGGGUGCAGGCAGAGCUGUCACCCAACGUGCCGCGCAACCGCUUCCUGGUGCACUUUGUGGACUUUGUGUUUGACGACCUGGGCCGCCAGCAGCCCCCCGUCUACCCCGGCCUCAGCAACGUCUGGCGCUCCCUCGCCCGCAGCAAGUCCCGGGGCUUCCGAGUAGGUCCGGUGUACAGCGAGGCGCUGUCCAUGGCAUGGUUUGUGCUGGAGCUGGUCGUCAAGUCCAUGGACCUCGAGCUCGCCCAGGUGCCGCAAGGCGAUGAGAUAGCGCGGCUGAGGCUAGAGGACGAGGUGUUUCUGUGCAUCCGGCAGCUCUUUGAGUGCUUGCUGGUCGAGGUGCAGGACAAGGCCGACUCUGACUACCCCCUCGCGCGCCGCCUCACCAACUCCCUCGCCUUCUUCUGCUACGACCUCAUUACGGUCGUCGACCCGCCUCAAGUGUUCGAGCUGGUGGGGCUGUUCCUGUCGCAGCUAGCAGGCAUGUGUCCAGCGAACCAGCACUCCCUCAAGCUGCACUUCCUCCGCAUCCUCUGCGACCACGACCUCUUCGUUGAGACACCCGGCCGAGGGCCCACAGAAAAGAACUAUCUGUCGACAGUGCUGGUGAAGGACCUGUUUACAGGCUUGAACCAUGACGACCCCAACCAGCGAGCCACGGCAUCGCGCAUGCUGACAUUCCUGCUGGCCAAGCACGAGUACGAUGCGCGCUACCAGCAGGCGGACCUCAAGCUCUACAUCUCGCAGCUCUACUUCCCCAUCGUCACCCAGCUACUGGACGAGCCACGUGUGUUCACGCGCCUGGGGGUGCUGCAGAAGCGGCAGGUUGUGGUGGCGGUGCUGGCAGUGCUGAGGCAUGUGGACAGCGAGACACUUCUCAAGGCGUGGAAGCACAGCGCUGCUCGCACAGAGCUCUUCUUCUCACUGCUGCAGGAAUCGCUCUUCCUCUUCCAGUACACGGGGCGCACGGGGGUGAGCACGGGCGAGCUGGGCGCAGUGGUGCGGAACCAUCACAGCCUGGACGGCAAGGGGCGCAAGGGAGGCAGCGAGGGGGAGCUGCCGCCCUUCCCACUCUACUCCGACCGCAUCUCCCUCUCUGCCAAUGACUCACUUGACAGCAUGGCACUCGCAGAUUCCAAGGGGAGUGGCGAGCGGGAGCAGCUAGUGCGCAAGUACAGCGGUGUAUCCUCCACCGCCGCACCACCACAGACUCCUGUCCGCCCGCCUGUGCCGCUACGGGAGGAGCUGAGACGCGCCCGGGUGGCGCCGCUGGAAGCCAUGACCAUUCUCAGACAAGGCUUGCCACCCGUUGCUUCCGAGAGGCUGGCCAUGUGGGAGGCCACCAUGGCAGGGUGGGUGUCACUGCAGGUGCUGGAGGUGUUGGAGCAGUUCAGCGACCUGGCAGCGGAGGGGGCGGUGGUGACGGACUAUGACACCAUGGACUGCCUCACUGGGCCCAUCUCCGCCCUCCUCAGCAUGCCCCAGCCGGUGUCGUUCUGGGAGGUGUUUGUGCCGGCCUUUGCAGAGAUGCUGCGGCUGCACGGCCGGGCCAUGCUGGCGAGCAGCAAGGCGAACGACGCGCGGCUCAAGGACAUGUUUGGGAACCUGCUCAAACGCCUCAUUGUCAAGCCCGAGUUCGUGCGCAAGCGAGCGCUACUGUGCUUGCUGCUGCUUCUUCGGACGGCCCUGCUGCACAUGGGUAAUGUCCACCACCUGAGAGUCAUCCUCACAGUCGCUCUCUCUGAAGUGAUGAUGCAGCUGCGCCUGCUGCAGCGUGGUGCCAGGCCCGGGGAGAUCACCGAGUCUCUCGAGGUGGAGCGGCUGCGCUUCUCAUUGGAGGAGCUAGGCUCGGAAGAGACGUGGUUCGGGCUGCUGGCAGAGAGCGGGCUGCCAGACAUGUGCCUUGAAAUCAUGGUGGGGGAUGAAGAGGCAGACGAGGAGGAUGAGGAUGAUGAAGAGGAGGAGGAGGAUGAGGAUGAGGAUGAGGAGGAUUAUGAUGAGGAGGAGGAUGAGGAGGUGGAGUUUGAUGAUUUGGAUGACUACUACAUCCCGCCGGUGCAGGCAAAUACAUGGGAAUCACAGCCCCUCAAUGCCCCUUUCCGUGUUCCCCGCACAGUACCAGUCUCUGUUCCCAUUCAGAUGGAGGGGCUCAAGACGUCCAACGAUUGCUACGCCAUGGUGGCACAGGCGUACAGGCACGUGUUGAAUGCAACCCCGCAUUCCCCCCUUCUGUGCUCCCACCCAACCCGUCCCACCCAUACCCAUCCGAUGCAGAUGGAGGGGCUGAAGACGUCCAACGACCAGUACACCAUAGGGGAGAGCUGCUACAUUUGGGCGCAGGCGUACGGGUACAUGUUAAAAGCAACCGCGCAAUCCCCCCUUCCGUGCUCCCACCCACCCCGUGCCACCCAUCCGACACAGAUGGAGGGCCUGAGGACGUCCAACGACCGGUACGCCAUAGUGGAGAGCUACUACAUCCUGGCGCAGGCAUACGGGCACAUGGAGGGGCUGAAGACAUCGAACGACCGGUAUGCCAUAGUGGAGAGCUACUAUAUCCUGGCGCAGGCGUACGGGCACGUGCCGGACCUGUACAUCAUGUGGAUGCUGCACCUCUGUGAGGCGCACCAGGAGAUGAGCCAGUGGGCCGAGGCCGCCCAGUGCGCUGUCUCCGUGGCGGGGGUGGUCAUUCGGGGUCUGCACGCGUCCACCACAAGGGAGUGCGCAUGGGAAGCCGAGCACCUGGAGCUGCUCUGGCGGGUCUGCCCUCUCGCCCGCCACCAGUGGCGUGCGCGUCCCUCGCGCCCCUCCGCCCGCCCGCGCCUCCCCAACAGCGCCUCCAAGGGCGCUGGGGGAAGCGCGGGUGCAGCGGCAGCAGGGGGAGGUGGGGAGAGUGACUUUGGGGCGACGUGUCUGAACACGGACAGUGCGGUGAAGUACUUGCAGAUGGCGUCCAGCUUCUUUGCCAAGGCCGAGCUCUUCCACUUCUGCGCCGAGAUGCUCUCCCUUACCAUCCCCGUCUUCCGCUUCCGCCGGGAUUUUUACCAGCUGUCCAAGUGCCACACGUCGCUCGCAGGCAUCUACGACAACGUGCUGGCGCAGGAGCAGAACCCAAUCCCCUUCAAGGACGCAACAUACUAUCGAGUCGGCUUCUACGGGGAGCGAUUCGGAUACAUCGAUGGCAGGGAGUUUAUAUACCGAGAGCCACGGGAGGUACGGCUGGGCGACAUUAUGGAGAAGCUGAAAUCGCUGUAUGACGCGCGUGAGCCUGAUGAGGAGCCCCUCCACGUCAUCCAGGACUCGCGCCAGGUGGACCCCGCCGCCCUCAAGCCCGGCUUCGUCUACAUGCAGAUCACCGCCGUCGAGCCUGUCGUUGGGAUUGGCGACGACCGCUGGCUCGGCCGAACCAUCGACCCAGCCGUGGCAGGAGCUCCGGUGUUUAAUUGCUUCUUUUUUGACACGCCGUUCACGCCGAACGGGAAGCAGCACGGGCGGAUGGAAGACCAGUGGAAGAGGCGGACGCUGGUGUACACCCAGAGCACGCUGCCGAGCCUGAUCAGCCGGCAGCCGGUGGUUCGGUCGGAGGUUCGGGAGUACUCGCCGCUGCAAUGCGCCGUGGAGAUCAUAGAAAACAGGUCGCAUGCACUGGAGAUGGAAAUGGCGAGCCAGUUGGGAGCGGGGGGAGGAGCAGGGGGGGGAAUGGGAGGAGCAGGAGGGGGACGAGUGCCGCAGGACCCAGCAGCAGUGACGGCUCUGAUAGCCGCAGCUGCGACAGCCAGCGGGUCCCUACGGCUGCCUCGGAUACAGACGCUGCAGCGGCUGCUGCAAGGGAGUGUUGCGCUGCAGGUUAACAGCGGGGUGUUGGGUGUAUGUAUGGCGUUUUAUGAGGCCAAUCCUCAUGGCCUGGAGCCGAGACCCAAGGACCCGUUGAAGCUUCAGUCACCGUCGGGUGUUGAGACAUUGACAGAUGCGAUCGUGCGGUUUGUGGUGGUGUGCAAGCGGGCGGUGGCGGUGCAUGGGCGGGCAGUGACAGAGGUUGAUAGGGAUUUCCAGGAGCAGCUUGAGAGGAGCAUGGAGGAGCUUGAAAGGGAGAUUUCGCCCUUCAUCCCAGUGCUUAGGAAAUGA